GUAAUUUAAUAUUUUGUCCUUAAGCCGGUAAGUAGAAACAGAAACUGAAGCGUGGCUGGUUUCCUCUCUCUCUUCAAUCUUGAUCCUCACUUUUCGCUUCGACAUGUGGAAAGAAAGCGAAUAGUGUUCAAUUUGUUUGUGUAAUUAGUUCUAAAUUAAUAUUCAAACAUGAGUAAGUUUUUUACUACCGGAACGGACUCGGAAUCCGAUAGCUCAUCGGAAGAAGAACAAAUUCAACGAGCACCAGCAACUAAUUUUACAUUCAGUGAUGAAGAAGAAGAAACGAAGCGGGUGGUCCGCUCUACGAAAGAGAAAAGAUACGAAGACAUCAAAAAUUGUAUCAAACUAAUUCGAAACUACAAAAAAAAUAAAGAUAUGAGUAGCAUGCUUUCAUGUUUCGAGGAUCUUCAGAAAUUUUAUAAUCGAGCUUUGCCAGUAGUGGCAAAAGAAGAAGGUGGUUUAACACCACGUUUUUUCAUUCGAGUUUUAGUAGAAAUGGACGAUUUUAUCAACGACCUUUGGGAAGAUCGUGAAGGCCGUAAAAAUAUGUCCAAGAAUAACUCAAAAGCUUUGGGUUCAUUGCGUCAAAAACUUCGUAAAUACACUAAAGAUUUUGAGGAAGAAAUUGCUAAGUUUAGAGAAAAUCCAGACCUAGACGAUUACGAAGAAGAUGAUAAACCGAAAGAAGAUUCAGAAUCUGAAGAUGAAGAGGAUCGGCCUCCAGUUGUUAAAAAAUCUGGAUCUGAAGUGAGUGUACCAGAUAUACCGAAGGUAAAAAAAGCUUCGAUGCCAGAUGACGAUCAAAGCGAAAGUGAAUCCGACUGGGGCAGUGAUUCUGAUAGCGAUAGUGAAAGUAGUGACGAUGAUGGUCAAUAUCAGAAUAUUCGUGAACGUUUUAUUAAAAAAGCAACCGAUAAAGAUGAUGAUGAAGACAAAGCCAAAAAGAAGGAACAGCGUAAAGAGCGUAAAGAUAAAGAACGAAAGAAGAAACGCGAUGAAGAUGAUGAUGAAGGUGAAUGGGAAACUGUCAAGGGUGGCCUUGUUGUGCCAUCUGAAAAACCUAAAAUGUUUGCUAAAGAUGCUGAAAUAAAUGUACCAGCUGUACUAAAAAAACUUGGUGAAAUAAUUGCAGCGCGUGGUAAAAAACGUACUGAUAGACGUGAACAAAUAGAGCUUUUAUAUGAACUACUGUCCAUUGCUGGAGUACAUAAUCUUGGACCAGCAAUUACUGUAAAAAUUAUAUUCUCAAUAGUAUCUUCUAUUUUUGAUUACAAUCCAAAGGUAUCUGAUGCAAUGAAACCUGAAUACUGGUCUAAAUUAUUAGAGCGCAUUUCAGAAAUGCUGGAUAUACUUCUUGCUAAUCCUGAUAUGCAAAUUGCUGAACACAUUAGCGAAGACGCUGAAGAAUUUGAAAAUACUCCAUACAAACUUCAUGGUUGUGUACUUACACUUGUUGAACGUUUGGAUGAAGAAUUCACAAAACUUUUGAAAGAGUGUGAUCCUCAUAGUAACGAAUACGUCGAAAGAUUGAAAGAUGAAAAACAAGUUGCCAAUAUUAUUGAUAAAGUUCAAGAAUAUUUGGAACGUCAUGGCAGCGUAUCGGAACGUUGUCGUAUUUACUUGCGGAAAAUUGAACAUCUUUACUACAAAUUUGAUCCGAAUGUAUUGAAACAAAAAGACGGUGAAAUCCCCGCAAAUGUUGUGACGUCUGUCCAGGUUAUGGAAAAACUUUGCAAAUAUGUCUACGCUCACGAUGGAACUGACCGUCUUAGGACCCGCGCGAUUUUAUCGCAUAUAUAUCAUCACGCUCUUCACGAUAAUUGGUUCCAAGCACGUGAUCUUAUUUUGAUGUCUCAUCUUCAGGAGACUAUCCAACAUUCAGAUCCUGCAACGCAGAUUCUUUACAAUCGAACGAUUGCACAUCUUGGUCUCUGUGCAUUCCGACAUGCCAACAUCAAAGAUGCUCACAACUGUCUUGUAGAUUUGAUGAUGACUGGUAAAGUUAAGGAAUUGCUGGCACAAGGUCUUUUGCCCCAACGGCAGCAUGAACGUAGCAAAGAACAGGAAAAAAUUGAAAAGCAACGUCAGAUGCCGUUCCAUAUGCACAUUAAUUUAGAAUUACUUGAAUGUGUGUACUUAGUAUCUGCAAUGCUGAUAGAAAUUCCCUACAUGGCUGCACAUGAAUUUGAUGCAAGAAGAAGAAUGAUAUCUAAAACUUUCUAUCAACAACUGCGAUCUAGUGAACGUCAAUCACUUGUUGGACCACCAGAAUCAAUGAGGGAACAUGUCGUAGCUGCUGCUAAAGCAAUGCGUAAUGGAAAUUGGUCAGCUUGCAAUAAUUUCAUUAUUAAUGAAAAAAUGAAUGCUAAGGUUUGGGAUCUAUUUUAUCAAGCUGAUAAAGCUCGUGCAAUGCUCACUCGACUAAUAAAAGAAGAAGCUCUGAGAACUUAUCUUUUCACUUAUUCUCAUGUUUAUGAUUCGAUAUCCAUGCCUACAUUAGCUGAUAUGUUCCAACUAAAACGACCUGUCGUACAUUCCAUUAUCAGUAAAAUGAUUAUCAAUGAAGAACUUAUGGCAUCUUUGGAUGAUCCAUCUGAGACAGUUGUCAUGCAUAGAAGCGAACCAAGUCGUCUACAAUCAUUAGCUCUUCAGCUUACUGAUAAAGUUAACAACUUUGUUGAUUCUAAUGAAAGAAUUUUCGAAAUGAAACAAGGCAAUUUCUUUUCAAGAGGAAACCAAGGCAACUUCCGUGACCGUCAAAAUUAUAAUCGUCAGGGUGCAGACUGGAACCGUCAAAGACGAGACCGUGAACGUAAUCGUGAAGAAAAUCGUAACUAUUAAGUUGUUUUUAAAAAAAAUUUGCAUAGCGAUGGUUUAAAUUAUAAAUGUAACCCACCCAAUCGUGGAUAUUGAGGUUUUUACUGCAAUUAGUUUAUACUUUUUUUUUUUUUUUUUUUUUUACCAAU